AUGCGAUCCCCCGAUAUUGGGCACAACCUGAAUAUGCCACCACCUGUAACUGUCACUGCACUUCGACCAGAUCACAGAGAUACUCUUCACUCUAGUUCUGCGUUCCUAAUCUUUCACCUCUUCUGGCGCGGGAGAAAAAUACCACUGACCUACGCGGUACUCCCGAUAUUGAAUCUUCCCAAUGCUACUGCCUUUGGCAGUCUUAUAUCGGGCAUUCAUCGGAAUCUUAGCAUCACUGCCUCCAAUAAUCUCCAGGAACUCAUUCAAGGGAUCCUCGCUGUUGGCGGCGCUGCGGUUCGAGCAGAUCGCAGAGACAUUCUUCCAAGCCUCGCUCUCUCGGUUCGUACCUUGGCUUAUUUAAAUGAUCGUUCGGGCACUGUUGAUGUUCUCCCAGAAUAUUUCAAUAUUCCUUUCGAUAGUGUCUGGAAUCGGAGUCGCAGCGUCAUCACCUACCGGAUGCUGCGUUUUGAACAGCUUGCAGAGUUGCUCUUUACUAGCGCUCUACAGGUCUGA